CCUACCGUGAACAAUCAAGUUUGAACAAACUGAAAUUUUAUAAAAGAAGAUCUUCAGUGUCUUGGAAGACUAGUCUGUUGAAGAAAGUGGCAACGGUAUCUUCUCGCGAGCCCCGAAGAUUGUAGCAUAAAUUCAGUUGAUUACCAUUUCUCCUCAUUAGGCUCCAAAGCGCUGCUGCACUACGAUUUCAUACAGUGACGACGGCAACCGUUUAAAUGCGCGAGAAACCGGGUGUGCGAGAACAAGUUUGUGAACUUAAAACUUUGGCGAAACUUAAGUGAAAGAAUCAUAAAAUAUAAUAUGGACAACUCGCAAUGACUAACAGCAUUUUACGACAGGAUAAAAAUGAUAUCCAGCGCCGUAGAAGUUCAAUGUAAACGGCAAACGCAUACGAAGCAAUUAUUUCAUUACAACUAACAACCUGGGUAAUCAGUCAGCGAGCAGGUGUUAAACUGGGCACGAAAAGAGAAAUGAUUCAAACGGUUUGAACUUGAUCCACGGUGUCUAAUGGGCAAGAAAAAUUGAACCAAGUAACACAUAAUUAGUAAACAUUGGCAGCUAUGGAUUAUCGGCAUCUAACGUUCACGAUAUUCUUGAUAUGUUCUACAAUCGCAGUGGAAAUUUCGAACCUUAGCGUGUUAGAUUCAUCAAACGAUUACGAUCUCACUAAUACCGCGCAACCAUUCACAAGCAACGAUGACCUACCAAGGUUAUACCGUCGGAAACGGCAGGAUAUCGAAAUACAUCGUGUAAUCAAACGACGACCAAAAUUACCACCACCGAUUCCCCGUGGUCGAAAACCAAGACCGCCGAGGCGACCACCAAAGCCAAAAGUAAAGUAUGGACCACCGAACGUUAAUUUUCCUCCACUGUCGUAUUACAGUCCACAAAACUUUGAUGAUACUUUUGGACCAGUUUUUGAAACAUCAUUUCCUGAUCAGAAUUCAUUCGGUGAGCCGCCAGGUAGUUAUAGAAACCCAUUACAACCUUCACCAACAUUCGGUUCACCUCCGUUCGCCUAUGGUCAUACUACAACCUCUUAUCAAGGAUCGACAUUUGGAAAACCUAGUUUCGAUAGUGGUAAUUUCGAAGAAUUCGGCAGGCCUACUAAUUUGGAUGGAUAUGAUUUGCCCAAAUUCCAUAGUUCACCACCCAACUUUCCAUUUAGUAAAAUUCCCGGUUUCAAUGGACAGAGUGCAUCGUCCUCAUUUAGUGUAAGUAGACAACCAUCCUAUCCACCAGCUUCAUCAUUCCCAGGAAGUGGAUCAUCCUCGUUCAGUAGCAGUAAACCGUCCUCCUUCCAAGAAACGUCAUCAUCAUUCCUGGGAAGCGAAUCCAAUUUCAAUUCUCAAAAGGGUCUAUCGAGCUAUACCUCACUAACCGAAGUGGAGGGUCCAAAACAUCAGUUUCCUUUGGAAAGCUUCAAUAAGGAUCUGUAUAAAACACCUUUAACGUCCUACGAGGUCCCAUUGACAUACACUAAACAACAUUUAUUCGAGCCCAAUAGAAAUUUGGAGUCUGCUUUCAAAUCCCCACCAAAGAGCCAUUUAAGUGGUGGCAUUUCCUCAACACAUAGCACUACCCACAGUUCUUCUGACGGCGAGGAAGAUGAUGAUUUUCCUAGUCUACCGAGUCGCUACGAACAGGAUCAAUUUCACAACCCAUCUAAGUCAAAUCCAAACAAACCUUUGACCAGUACAAUCCAAACUAUUGCAGACAAUGAUCCGUUCACUAAUGUGAACUCCUACUACGAUGGGGAAUCCGAAUCGAAGAAAGUUUCAGUUAAAACUAAGAACAAUCAAGAAGGAUCAACCGACGGGACUCUUACACUGGAUGAACUAUACAAUUCCUCAGCCAAACGUACUAAAGGUCGCCGCAGAAAGAAACCCAAACCUGUAAUCCCUCCGGUGGGCCAUAAUUUGGAUACAGAUGAUUUGCGUGACGCCUAUGGAGCAAGUUCAGAUUUCCACCAAGUUGCGAUUGAUGCGGAUGAAUUUCUAGAAUUUGAACCACAAAAACAAGUGAAGCAUUCUAAGCCUGUGGCGGUAGCAGCAACCCGAGAUGAAGAUAAAUCUCCAUCGAUAUUUGUCCUUCUUUCAGCCCAAAACAAGAACAAACCGAAAAAUCACAGAAAUUCGCCAUCAAAUCACAACUACCAAAAAGAUUCGCAGUCGUUACCGGAGUCAGAUUUUAAAGCCUUAGACCUCAACUAUUUCAAAUCAAUUGAAACUCAGCCCAAACAUACUCCAUCCAAUGCGGCCGAUCAAGAUGAAGUGAAUAUACUUUCAAUUCAAAAAUCCAAGUCUAAGAAUUAUUACGCAGGAACCAGUAAUAAACCACGGUUUAUGUUUACUGAAUUUCCACUGACACGACGACGCACCGGAGGGUAUUACAGAGCUAACUUAGACUACGAAAUGUUAGACAAAGAUGAUGAAACCGACGACGUGGCGGAAAAUGUUGCCAAAUUAUUCGGCGGAAGAAUAACCAACAAAGACAAGACUACAAGUGAUUCUGCAGAUGAAUAAGAAUAGUCUGAAAAAAAAUUGCAACAUCUGUACAACUUAAAUCAUUUAAUAUUACAAAUAUUUAUUAUUGUUUUGUUUAAUAAAAUGAGUUAUGAGUA